CACUCCUGAGGAUUCAAACAGUCCUUUCUUCAGGGACAAGACUGAAGGAACUGUUCAGCUGCCUCUUCUGAGACUCUGCUUCAAGGGGAGCAAGAGCCCUUCACUGAAAUCCUCCCACCAUGCUGGGGCUGCUGCUGCUGCUGCAGGUGUUGGCGAGCUGCCUCUGGCUGGGACACAGCGAGGUGGUGCCAAGCUUUAAAAGUCCAUGUAGUCAGGUUUUUUAUAUGGAUACCCCACCAAGUGAUUCCCUGAAUCCAACGAAUGCAGCCAGGAUCUGCCAGUUCUAUGACAACAAAUAUCGCUUUACCACCCUGUAUGACAGAAACAACAGAAUUCCAGUGUACUCUGCUUACAUCUACAAGCCUGGACAUGGAGACAGAUCCAACUCAUGGUUUGUUGAGCCUCAGCUAAUCAAGCACAAUUAUCGCAGGGAUAUGGAUACAGAGGAUUCCAUCGUAGAUACCUACGGGAUCACUUCAGCAGAUAUUGGCAAGAGUCAGGCUAUUGACAAAGACUACAGUGAUGCCCAGGGUCUGGACCGUAGUCACUUGUGUCCCAGUGGCCACCAAAGUGGCGAUGACAAGAAGGCUACCUUCACCCUCACCAACAUAGUGCCCCUCUACAGCAAACUCAACCAAGGUGGCUGGAGAAACUACGAGGACAAAACGAUGGCCCAGAAAACCCAGGGCUGUGACAAAACCUAUGUCAUCACGGGAGCUGUACCUGGGAACACCUACAUCUCUGAUGGGAGGGUUAAUGUACCCAGCCACAUCUGGUCAGCUUCCUGCUGUGUGAAGGGCACAACGCCCAUAAAGGCUUGGGGGGCCAUUGCUGAGAAUGACAAGAACAGUAACUAUGUGAGGGACCUCGAGCUGUGGGACCUGGAGCAAAUAUUGUCCGGGCUGUAUGGGAAACCAAGGAUUACUCUGUUCAGAAAUUCCUGUGCCAAGGAAUAA